AUUUAUUUCUUAAUUUCUCUAUCUAUAACAUGCAGGAAAACUUCACCCCGUCUUUCCUUCACUACUCUCAUCAAGAUAUUUAUGGUCUCCUUGUUUGGGAUUACGGCGACAUUGAACAUAUAUGGGGUAGCUCUCAAGUAUACUUCAGCAGCUUUAGCAUCGGCCACUACUAACGCCAUCCCCGUUGUCACUUUCAUACUUGCCCUUUUAUUCAGGUUGGAAAAGGCAAACCUAAGAACAUUUAGUGGGAUUGCAAAGGUGGCGGGCUUAGCACUGUGCACCGGAGGAGCAGUAACCAUGGCACUCUAUAGCGGACCAACUUUCAAGCUGCUUCUACACCACCACCUCAUCCCCCACCACGACAAGAACCUCGAACACGACCCCUCUUCUGGCAAACAUUGGAUCAAGGGUGUCCUUCUCAUGCUCCUCUCCAACUGUUGCUGGAGCUUCUGGAUUGUCGCCCAGGUAACACAAACAUACAAAACAACCUUAACUUGUUCAAUCUUCCUUCCUAGAAUGCCAUAAUGAAUAAUUGCACUCCAUUUCUGGUUAACAGGGCCACAUUGUUAGCAUCUAUCCAUCCAAACUUAUGAACACAGCACUCCAGUGCAUUUUCAGCACCCUUCAAUCGUUUAUAGUGGCAAUUGCUCUGGUGAGGGACCCCAGGGAGUGGAAGCUUGGGUGGAACAUCAAACUACUAACCAUUCUCUACUGUGUCAGUACCAAUGCAUUUUUUUAUAAAGCUUCCACUUCUCUCGUUUCCCAUUGAGAUUUGAAUUGAAGAGUAUUGCGUUGUGACAGGGAGUUGUAGUGACGGGUUUCACAUUCUACUUGCAAGCUUGGGUGGUUGUGAAGAAAGGGCCGCUCUUCCUCGCCAUGACCACACCUUUGAAUCUGCUCAUCACCAUCUUUGCCUCUGCAGUCUUCUUGGGGGAGAUCCUCACUCUCGGAAGGUAAAACCCAGUCAAGUUAUUCAUCUUUUCGUAUUCAAUAACAAAUCAUCAAUUGAGGCUAACCAAGCUCGUGCAGCAUCAUAGGAGCAAUCUUGCUUAUAGGAGGGCUCUACAGUGUGUUAUGGGGCAAGAGAGAAGAACAAAAAGAAGAGAAUACCACAAAGGUUGCUAUUGAAAACAAUACAAGAGACAUUGAACGCAACCCAGAAAGCAAUGAAUCCGGCCGUGGAAAAGACAAUGCAAGAGUCAUUGAACAAAACUAAAGACAGUUGCUUUUGAUUAUCCAAAAAUGUACUCAUUAGACUAAUUAAAAUAUUACAACUACCACCAUUUACUUUAUUUUCAUUAGGAGUAUUAUGGUAAACUCUCUUUAAAAAUCACAAAAAAUCAAAACGAAGAAAUCUUAAGCGGACGGAGGGAGUAGAUUUUAAGCAGUGUUUGUCCCUAGUUUUAAAAACUCUUGCUCAGAUAAAUAAAGAUUCCACUU